AAUUAGUUCAGACUUAUGAGCUCGAAUCUUAAGCAUUAACACCUUCUCUGGAUUCAUCGAUUCCGACAGCUCAUCGGCCGGGAAACUCUAGUAGUCCGACGAGCAGAAUGCGUGUCCUACAAGACCCAGGAAUAUUCACAUACAAAACACUGCAAGUCAGUGCUGGCCAUACGUAUCGUUACAUUGAUCAAUGGCCCACCCAGAAAGAUGGAGCUCCCAUUGUGCUCUGUCUGCAUGGAUUCCCCGAGCUCGCUUUCAGUUGGAGGUAUCAAAUUGUGGACCUGGUGGGCAGGGGAUACCGUGUGAUAGCACCAGACUUACUUGGGUUUGGUGGUACCUCAAAACCGACGGAGGUGGAAGCUUACGCCAAAGCGAGUAUGUGCAAAUCUAUGGUUGAGAUUCUGGACCAUGAAGGCGUGGCAGGAAAAAUAACGAUUAUUAGUCACGAUUGGGGAUCAAUCUUGGCCGCCCGCUUCUUGUCAUACCAUCCUGAGAAGGUCAAAUUUUGGGCAACACUCUGUGUUCCGCCGACUGCACCUGCUGAAUUCGGCCCAGAAGUAGAUUACGUUGAGAUGAUUAGAGAGCACAUGCCACAGUUAGGCUAUCAAAUCUACUUCAUGUCUGAAGAAUCCAAUGAAGAGAUGGAUCGGUAUUGUCAGACUGCUAUGCUUCUAUUAUACUUUCACUUAGAAAGGGGACUAGAGCCGUCGAUUGAGGAGAAACUUUUGAAGUACAAGGAUGAGUCGAUCAUGUAUGAGGGAGUUUUUCGGAAACAGUUGAAAGAAAUGGGCGACGAAUUGGAAUCGAUGACGAUUGAAGAUCCUGAAAUAUCAUACGUGAUCUCAGAAGUGAAAAAGAGUGGCUUGUCGCCGGCCUUGAAUUGGUACCGAGCUCGGAAAGUAGAUGAAACAGAUGAAGAGGCUGCUCUCCUACCCGAGGCUUUCAGUAGCGACAUCCAAUGUAUCUUCAUAGGCGCUCCACAGGAUCCAGCCUUACCACCUGGAAUGUUCACUGAAGACUUGAAGAUGAAGAUGUUCCCUUCGGGCAACAUUGAAUGCACAAAUAUUGGAGGCGGUAAUCACUUCUUCGCGGAGGCCCCCAGUCAUCGGAUUAAGGUCACACAAGUCUUGGGCGACUGGAUUGACAAAAAGGAAAAAAAAAACUGCUAGCUGUUAAGAGAACACCUAAUCCGGAAAAUCAAUUGACAGCCUAAAGCUAUGUGUGCAUCUCACCAGUAUAUUUGGAAGGUUUCCUUUGACAGAAAUAAGCCAAUCUUUGGCACUUAAAUAUGUGCUUUCUUCUGAACACCAUCAGCAAUGAACCUGAGCAAUAAAG